AUGGGUGGUACAACGACACAUGCUAUUAUUGAAGAAUAUCAACCAAAUAAAAAAACAUCAAUUACAAAUGAUCAUAUAAAUGGGUAUCACAAUAAAAGUAAACAAUAUUUCACUUUUAUUUUUUCAACAAAAAGUCGUCAAUCUCUUAAUGAUCAAUUAUUUGAAUUCAAUCGUUGGUUAGAAACAAAACCAAUUAAUAAUAUUGAUGAUGAUGAUGAUCAAGCUUUUCUUCAACGUAUAUCACAACAACUUCUUCUUAAAAGAACUAUUACUUAUACACAUUCAGCAAUCUUUGUUUUUCUCAAUCGUCAACAAUUACAAGAACAAAUCAAUGCUUUUCUUACUGAACAAGCAUCACUAGGCCUUUCAAUCGUAUCACGUCCACAAUGGUGGGCUAUGGGUAGACAAUUAUAUGAAAGUGAACCUUUAUUUAAUAAAUGGAUUAAUUUAAUUGAUGCAGAAAUGACAAAAGUUAAUAAUGGUGAAUGGAAAUUAUUAGAAGAAUUAAUUGAAAAGAAAAAUGAACAAGACUCUCGUAUUAAUGAUACAAAUAUUGCUCAACCAUCAUUAUUUGCUAUACAAGUUGCAUUAGCAGCUUUACUUGUUUCAUGGAAUAUAUAUCCAUCAUCAAUUAUAUCACAUAGUGCUGGUGAUCAAGCAGCAGCUUUUGUUGCUGGUCGUCUUACAUUAGAAGAAGCUGUUCGUGUUGUUUAUCAUCGAUCACGUCUUCAAAAUCGUAACACACGACAAGAUGGUCGUAUGUUAGCUGUUUCAAUGAGUGAAGAAGAAGCACAAAACAAACUUCUUAAAGGUAUUGAACAUCUUGCUUGUAUUGCUGUUGUUAAUAGUCCACGUGCAGUAACAAUAAGUGGUGAUGAAAAAACUAUUGAUGAAAUACAACAAAUUCUUUCAAUAUCGUAUCCUAAUGUAUUUAAAGCACGUCUUCGUAUUGAAAAUGCAUUUCAUUCAUAUCAAAUGGAUCGAUUCGAUAUCGAAAAAGAGAUUUUAUCGUCACUUAAAGAUAUACAAGGACUUCCUCUGCAAGAUUUCCAACAUAUGUUCAAUCCAAAAUGUGCUGAAGCUCAUCUUUACUCGAGUGUAACUGGUAAUCAAUUAAGUGAUCAGAUACCAGUCGAUGCUCAUUAUUGGUGGUCAAAUGUAAGACAAUGUGUACGAUUUCGUGAUGCUAUGGCAUCAAUUCAACAACAUGAAGCUCCAACUGUUUUUCUUGAACUUUCACCACAUCCAGUUUUAGCUACAUCUAUUCGUGAAUGUUAUGAAUUAAAAAAUCAACAACAACAAUCACCACUUAUUCUUCCAACAUUAAAACGAAAAGAAAAUGAACAAAUAACAUUACUUACUAGUUUAGCACAACUUACAACAUCAUCUCAUGUAUGGCAACAAUAUUUUCAUACUCGUCAAAUUUUACCUAUGAAAAAUCAUAAAGAACAUUUUGAUGAUUUUCCAUUAUAUAAAUUUCAUUUAAGUCCAUGUUGGUAUGAAUCAAAAGAUUCAUCUAUACAACGUUUAGCGAAUCGUAUACCUACUCAUCCAUUAGUUGGUAUUCGUCAAUUAAAUGAUCAAACAAGUGCAACAUGGAAAAGUCUUAUUAAUAUUAAUUUACCACAACAUGCUUUUUUAAAAGAUCAUAAAAUUCAAGAUGCAAUUCUUUUUCCAGCAGUUGCUUAUCUUGAACUUGCAAUAGCUGCUUGCCAUCAAUUACUUUCAUCCAAAGAUGAUGAACAACAACAACCGACAAUUAUUUUUGAAGAUAUAGAAUUUGUUAAAGCACUGAUUCUUAAUGAACAUGAAUUAAUCGAAGUAUUUACACAAGUAAUCAUGCCAAUGCGUGAAUGGUAUAUUUAUAGUCGACCAUGGUCAGCAGCUGGUCCAGAUUGUAUGCGUCCAUCAGGUAUGAAUUGUGCUGAUGUUGUUGAAUCUUUUCAUGAUCAAAAUAUUCUUAAUAAAUAUUCAUUAAAUGAAUUUACUCUACAUGCUCAUGGUAAAAUUGAAAUCAAUUAUAAACAACAAAAAUCAUUAACAAUACCAUCUCUUAAUACAAUAAAGGAUACAUGGUCAACACAAGAUAUGACAAGUGCUUAUGCACAUCUUUCAACACGAGGUUAUCAAUAUGGAUCUAGUUUUCAAAAAAUGAAAACAUUACGUGGUACAACAAAUACAGCUAUAUCUGAAUUAUCAAAUGAAUUGGAUGAUAAUAAUAAUAAUAAUAAUGAUUAUUAUUUACUCCAUCCAUCUGUAAUGGAUGCUACUUUUCAUCCAUAUCUAGUUAUAUUACCAGGUAUUGAAACAACAUUUCUUCCAGUACGUAUUCAAAAAUUUAUUUAUUCAAGUAAAACAAAAGCAAAAAUGAAUCAAUCAACAAAUGUUGAAGUACAUGGAAUCUAUCAUGAUAAUAUAUGUGGUAUAGGUCAAGAAGGAAUAUAUACUCUUGAUAUAUGGACAUUUCCAAUGGAUAAAAAAAUAGAUGAACCAGUAUUUACAAUGGAAAAUCUUUUUAUUCAACAAGUUCAAGGUGUACAAUCUGGUCGAUGGUCAAUGGAAAAAACAAUUUAUGAUAAAUUAAAUAUAACAACUGAUUUACCUAAUAAAGAUCAUA